CCACGAUACCACAUACAAUUUUUUAUUUGACGUCUUUUGAAGAAUUAAAUUCUAAAAUGUGAUAUUUUAAUAGGUAUUUGUAUAUUUUUAAUACAGUAAUACAUUAUUCACUGAUACUGAUUAUCUAUAACGUAUAGAACUUAGAUAAUUUCAUGAAAUAUAUAGUAUUUUUACAUCGUGUAUUCGUGUUUGACGUGUUUUCAAAAGUAUCCAUUUAAUAAUACGAACGAAAAUUUAUAUUCAAGGAAUAAUCAAUAAUUGUAUGUACAGCAUACAAACGGUUAAUUAGGCAAAUGUUGUUAUGAUGUCAAUUCAGCAGAUUGGGUGAAAUUUCAAAAACUAUUGUUACUUAUACAUUUACCGAAACCAUCAUGAUAUCAACUGGUAUAUUUUUAUUAGUGGCUUUAAGUCAUACAUGUGUCUCUAUUGACAUCACGUAUCCAGUGUUUGGAUAUUAUGUUCAAGGUCAACCCGCUGCAUUUGGAGAUUUUGAUUCUGAUGAACUUACAGAUAUGUUCGUCCUUAAAGAUCAAGGUCGAUCUAUUGAAAUUAUGUUUGGUUCCAAUGUUGAACCAUUUUUAAAGCCUGGUACACAAACCAAAUGCAAGUUUAAUAAACAUCAAAUUACAUCAGUGGUGCCCGGAGAUUUCAAUGGAGACGCUCUUAUGGAUCUAUUAGUUACUGUAAAAAAUAUAACAGCAUCAGGAGCAUUUUCUAAUUGGUUUAAAGGAAAUCAACAGAAUAAUGAUUUGGACGUACAUAUAUUAUGGGGAGGAUUAAAUGUUUUGGCAUGUCCAAAUGAAGAUAAACCUCUUUUCACUAUUGUUGAUCAACCUUUGGUUAUUAACUAUGAUACCAAUAUGAUAGUUGAUUUAUUUGGUGUCAAAAAAAUGUCAAAUGGUACAACACAAAGAAUGUUUUGGCUAUUCAAUUCAACUGGAAACUUUACAGAAAUGGCAAUGGAAAAUUAUAGUUCUGAACCGAUAAGAAUUCCCCAAUCACACGGAUUUGUAGACAUAGGUGGAGAUGUAGCACCUGAUUUAUAUUUAACAACUAUAAAAGGAUAUGAAGUGUGGCUUUCUGAUUCUGAAGCUGGUGCAUUUAUUUAUAAUCAAACUAUCUCAUUUCCGGACAAUUUAAAGGUUUCAAAUGUUGGUCAAACUGCUUUCAUGGAUUUACAACUUAAAGGACGCAUGGAUCAUAUUGUGCCUGUUUGUUUUGAUACACAAUGUACCAAUAGCACUAUUUAUUUUUAUGAUUCAACUCGCUGGUAUAAUUUGGGCAUAAAUUUCCAUAAUGGUAACAGUGUUUGGGGAUUUGUACCACCAAUGCCUAAUGUACCAUACCUAGAAACAAUUACAGUGCGCCCUGGAGAUUUCAAUAUGGAUGGCUAUCCUGAUUUAUUAGGCACAUUAUGUCUUGGCGGCAAUAUAAAAAAAACAAAAGUAAUUUUAAUGGAAAAUGUUGCAUGUACGACAGGUUGUGAUGGAUUUGACAGAACGUUUGUUGUUCGAUGGGACUUACUUCAGGCAAUGAAUGGUGACAAUAAUAACAUUAUGGGCGCAUUUUAUGAUUUUUUUCAAAAUGGUAUAUUAGAUGUUUUGUUGGUUAGUGGAGGUAAUGGAGAGUACAAUAUGUCAGCUUUUAAAAACAGUUUGGAUUAUGAUGCAAACUUUUUAAAAGUUAUGGUGGUUACUGGUUUGACAAAUAGCAAGUAUGAAAUGUUACCUAGUCGAUUAGGAAAAAAAUCUCGUACAUUUGGUACUAACUUGCCUGGACCAAAAGUUAGUUAUGUGACUACUACUCAAGAUGGAUAUCCACGUCAGGGUAUUGCUACACAGUUACCCCAGUCUGCGUAUUAUUCUCUUUAUUUGCCUUACACAAUAUUUGGACUUGGCCGUACUCCCAACUUUGUAGAUGAACUUACUGUUUCGGUUUUAAAUGAAACUCGUUCAUGGACACAAAUUAUCCCAAAUUCCCAAAUGGUUGUUAUUCCAAAUCCAAUAAAUGAUCCAAGUAGAUGGAAUGCUAAAUUGUUUGUGACACCAAGCCGUUUAAUAUUUCAAAGUGCAGCUGCGCUUGCAGGAACAUGCCUACUUAUUUUAGUUAUAAUUGGAGUGCUGUACUUUAAAGAACGUCAAGAAGAUCGUAUUGAAAAACGCCAGGAAGCACAUAAAUUUCAUUUUGAUGCUAUGUAAAAGUAUGCAAAUUUGUAAAGUUAUUUUUAUGUUCUGUUACUGUGAUUAUUAUUUUAUUCCUACUUUUAAUUAAAUAAUAAAAAAAUGCAAUAUUUCUUUAUAUCUACCUAAUUAAAAUUUUAAUUUUGUUGAAAAACAUUAUAUCUAAAUAUCUAAGUUUAGUUUAAUAAUCUCAACCAAUUAUUAUUUUAAGUUAGCAGCUGAUCUAUUAUAAAUGUAAAAUACAAAUGUGGACCCAAGUAUAAAAAUAAUUAAUGCAAUGUUAAUCUUAAUAGAAAAGCAUGAUAUAGAAAAUAAAUCAAAAAUUUUAAAAUAUAAUUAUAUUUUUAACAGCAAGUUAGUUAAGAAUAUAUGUAUUUUUAUUUUUUGUUUAAUAAAGUGUACUAUCUGUUUUAAUAUAUAAAUAUUUUUUUUUUAAACAAGAUUAUUGUUUUUAAAAAAUAAUUCUAUUUAUAGAUAUAAAAGUAUACAUCUUAAGGAUAUAUUUUUUGUGGAAUUUAUAAAUUAUUAUAAAUUAUUAAUAAGGCUGUAACAUUAAGAUAUGUAGUUUGUCCCCUAUCCAAGGUGUUUUAAAAUUUGAUAAAUAUGUAAUUAUAUUUAGAAAAAAAAAUUAUUAAUCACCAAUAUCAAAAAUAACAAUUAUAUAGCCUUGAAUUGUAGAAUAUGAUAAGUAUAAUAAUUACAUUAAAUGUUAUAUUUAAAAUUAUAUAAAAGAAAAUUUUUUAUUUAUUAUUAACAUGUGAUUUAUAUUUUAAUAUUUUAUGCUAUAAUUGUUUUUGAUAGAAUUGUUUUUUUAUGUGUUAAUCAUGAUAUUUUUUGCCUUUCAUUUAUUUCCAUCAUUUGUCUAUUCUAUUAUACUUUAUUAAAACAUUACGCAACUGUAAAACCAAAACUGGUAUAUUUGAUCACUUCUGCUUAAAGUCAAUAAGACUAUCAAUUAUUAAUUAAAUUAAUUAUAGUCUCUAUAAGUACUUUAUAUCAAAAUAUGUAAAUAUAAAGUAUAAACAAAUAUAUAUAUAUAUAUGCAUAAAAUUGUAAAAACAUGAAUUAAAUAUAAAAUUAUUAUAUUUGUUAAA